GAAGGAAGGAGGGGUCACUGUAGAAAGAGGAGGUCCUCUGUCUCCCUCCUCACAUCAAACAGAAGUUCUUCAGACAAACCUCAGAGUUUGUGUUUCAGCGUCUUUCUCCUGAGUUCACCUGCAGUCCAUCAAAUCCAGUGUGUGAAGAUGUCUGCUGCCAGCAAUCUGCUCUCUGAAGAUCAGUUUCUGUGCUCCAUCUGUCUGGAAGUGUUCACUGAUCCAGUCUCCACACCAUGUGGACACAACUUCUGCAACGAGUGCAUCACUCAGCACUGGAACACCAACAACAUCUGUGACUGUCCCCUGUGUAAAAAACAGUUCAGAACAAGACCUGAACUCAACGUCAACACUUUGUUCUCUGAGAUGGUUUCUCAGUUCAGACGUGAAGCUGAACUCAAAGCCAGCAGCAGCUCAGAGCAACAAGCUGCCAAACCAGGAGAAGUUCCCUGUGACGUCUGCACUGGAACCAAAGUGAAGGCCCUCAAGUCCUGCCUGGUGUGCCUGGUCUCCUGCUGUCAGACUCAUCUGGAGCCUCAUCUGACAGUGUCAGUCCUGAAGAAACAUCAGCUGAUGGAGCCUGUGGAGAACCUGGAAGGCAGGAUGUGUCUGAAGCACAAUAAACCUCUGGAGCUGUUCUGUCAGAGAGAGCAGACAUGUGUCUGCAUGAUGUGCACUGUUUUAGAGCACAAGACUCAUGAGGUUGUUCCUCUGAGUGAAGAAUGUGAAGGAAAGAAGAAGGAGCUGAGGAAGACAGAGGCUGAAAUGCAGCAGAUGAUCCAGGAGAGACGAGUGAAGAUCAAGGAGAUCAGAGAGUGUGUGAAGAGGAGUAAAGCUGCUGCAGACAGAGAGAAAGCAGAAGGUGUUGAGGUGUUCACUGCUCUGAAGGAGUGUGUUGAGAGAGGCCUGAAGCAGCUGAUGGAGAGGAUGGAGGAGGAAGAGGAAGCCAGAGAGAAGCAGGCUGAAGGUCUCAUCAGAGAUCUGGAAGAGGAGAUCUGUGAGCUGAUGAAGAGGAGCUCAGAGGUGGAGCAGCUCUUCCUCUCUGAAGACCACCUCCACCUCCUCCAAGGCUUCUCCUCCCUGAAAGCUGCUCCACCCACCAAGGACUGGACAGAGGUCAGCGUCCGUCCAUCAUCAUAUGAGGGGACUGUGGUGAGAGCUGUGGCUCAGCUGGAGGAGACUCUCAGCAAAGAGAUGAAGAAGCUGUUUGAGGCUGAUCUGAAGAGGAAGCAGCAGUUUGCAGUGGAUGUGACUCUUGAUCCUGAUACAGCUCAUCCUAAACUCAUCCUGUCUGAUGAUGGAAAACAAGUGAGUGAUGGUGAUGUGAGGAAGAAUCUUCCAGACAACCCAGAAAGAUUUGAUGAUGAACGUUUUGUUUUAGGAAAACAGAGUUUCUCUUCAGGUAAAUUUUACUUUGAGGUUCAGGUUAAAGGAAAGACUGAAUGGGCUUUAGGAGUGGCUCAAGAUCCCACGAACAUGAAGGGAGAGGGCACCUAUGAAGGUGUCUGGGCGAUAGGUUUGGAAAAUGGAAAUGAGUAUUUAGCUGGUAAGGAUGAUACUGAGAUUGAUCUCUCUCUGAAGUGUGUUCCUGAGAAGGUGGGGGUGUUUGUGGAUUAUGAGGAGGGUCUGGUCUCUUUUUAUGAUGUAGCUGCUGCAGCUCUGAUCUACUCCUUCACUGGCUGCUGCUUCACUGACAAACUCUUCCCAUUCUUCAGUCCCUGUGAUAAUGAUGAUGGUGAAAACUCUGCUCCUCUGAUCAUCUGUCCUGUCAAUCAAACUGUCUGAUCUGUUUUUAUCAUUAAACAUCACCAACAAUGAAUAAAGUGGUGAGAAAGUGACAGAUUAACUGUGAUUCAUGGUGAACGAUUCUCUGAUUCCAUUGAGCAGCAGUUUGUACCUAAAGAAACGUUCGUCUGACAGUUUGAACAACACAAGUAAAGCUGUGAUGAGAAGAGGAAACACUGAGCAGUCAGAGUCAGUAUCAACCUGUUUCCUCUGAGUCUGAUUCAUGGCAGAGCUCCUUCAUGGUUGAAGACUCCAUCAGGAGAGUUUUCAUGUGUUUUUAUGUCUUCAUGAGCAGGAAUCUUUCAGUCUGUGUGUCUUCAAGCUGCAGAGUCACAACAUGAACAUAUUAGUUUUUCUCUCCAGCUUCAAGGUUUCUUCAAGGGGAAAUUUAAUGUUGAGAUUUUAUAAUCCAGUUUAAGGCCUGAUUCACACAUACGCGGUCACUGCACGGCGCGGGCCAGACGCGGAGACGGCGCGGUCGCUGGAGCGGCGUGUUUAGGCGUCCCUUUCUCAUCAGCGCGGUCUUCGUGAGUGGGUUGUCCGCGGCAAUGGGCUACUAGUGUAAUAUGUUUGAAGUAGGGCUGAAAUGAUUCAUCGAAUAAAUCGAAUAAUUUGAUUAUAAAAAUGCUUCGAAUUAAAUUCUGUUGCUCCGAGGAUUCGUUUAUUAAUUGUGUACAGUGAAACUACCGUGAAACCACUAGCGUGUAGCGCCCGGAACUAAAGCGCAGCAUGUUUUUGCACGAGAGUGUAAGCCGCACAGACAUGUUGGAGCAAGCAGAUGGAGCACAGCGCGGUGGAACGGCGUGAGAAAUGGAGCUGCGUCCACACCGCCAAAUGCUUUCCGCGAUUUUGCGUCAAAAUACAAUUGAAAACAAGGGGGAACGCGCUUUUCACCAGCGACGAGACGCGUCUGACGUGGCGUGUUGUCGCGAUGCGUCCGACGCGUUUUCGCGGCGCGGCGUGGCGUUGAAGGGCAGAAUGAAGAAAAUGCUGGUGAAAAGGAGGAAGGACAACAAAGAAAACGCCAGAAAAUAUCAAAAGUUUGGAACAACUUUAAACGAAAAAAAGGGAAGAGCUCUGUCCAAAGUUUGCACUGCCAAGCGGAGCUGGCGUAUUAUAACAGCACCACGUCAGAAAAAAAAGUGACUGUAUUCUGACAUUGUUGUUUGCACUCCUUUGAAUGCACUUUAAAAUUUUAGGGCAACUGUCAGUUUAUAAAGGUGAAUGUGCUGUUUUGGACUCAGCCUGAGUAUUAUUAUUUUUGUUUUUUGCACUAGACAGAUGGCAAAUUAAUAUCAAUAGGAAUUGUUUGAUAAUACAGAAUAUUGCCUGCCGUACUUGAAGUGUUCUUUAAUAAUCAGCUUUCAUGUGCAUUUUUUUUUAUAAUGAAGGUAAGGGCUUAACCCUCUCUCGGGUAUUUUAUUUAUUUUUUAUUUAAAUAAUUUGUGAAUUUAAAGUGCAAUGUUCAUCCUCGCAAUGAAUGUUCUUGUGCAGUUUAAUAAAUGUUACUGCAAGCAUUAAUAGCAGUUCAUUUUUUUUGUCCGUGGUGAGUUUUAUGCUUGCCAAAAUAAAAUAAAAAGAAAUGUUAAAAAAAUUAUAUAUAUAGUCCGAUUAAUCGAUUAAUCGACCAAAUGAAUCGAUAGAUUAAUCGAUUACUAAAAUAAUCGAUAGCUGCAGCCCUAGUUUGAAGUAAUUCCAGAAGCGUUUCGGGAGCGAAAGGACGUUUAUUCCCAAGAGCAGGCAUCCAGAAACGUGCAUCAGCAUCGGCAGCAUAGAUUGUAAAUAAAGGAUCGGGAGUCAAAAACGCACAACACAAUGCGGCUUCCAUAGCUCCGGCAUAGACCUAUAGAUAUAGAUCUCUAGAUAUAUGUAUCUAGACACGCGCGCUCCUCUCAACUGCGCCGAAUAGUAAAUUCAAACGGAACAUAUAUCUGCAUAUAUGACAACGAGGCCCUGUCUUCAUUGUUUUCAAUGGGACCCGCUCCAAGCCGCGCGGAAAAAUAGACGGAGCAGAACACUGGAAAAGCCUCUUGUGAGACCAGUUUGUGAGCAGACAUGAGCUCAAUACAUGCAUAGGAAGCCCAGCUGACACGAGAUGUGUGUAUAUGCCAUUGGUUUCAACGGGACGCCGCACACAGCCCGCUCAAGUCCGCACAGAAAAAUAGACUUGAUCUCUAUUUAGAAUUCGCCGUGCAGAUUUGAACAGGCCACGCGCGGGGCCCGCGCAAACACCGUGCAAACCCAGACAGAUCCGCGCCGCACAGCCGCGUAUGUGAAUCAGGCCUAACACAAUCUGUUGGAAGAAGUAUAACAGCUGUCUGUGAGGAUCCAAACAGAAAACUGUGUAAACUGUGUGAUCAUCCUGGUGUCAUUUGUGCUGAUUCUCCCUGUAAAAAGUGUUGAAUGUUGGAAUCAUGGGCUUCAGUUGACGAAUAAAAACUCCUUUGGAUCAUCUGGAUUCCUCCUGAGUUCGCUUCUUGAUUUUGACUCAUUGGAAGCCAUUUUUUGGGAACAUGGAUGUUAAAAGUAUUUUGGGCUGAAUCACACUUAAUGCAGGUGGAGAUUUUCUAAAAGGGUCAAGAUUUUUGUGAAAAAUCCAAUCUGCAGCGUUCAAAUAAAGAAUAAUACUAAUUGAUGGAAGCCAUUCCAGUUUGCAUUCACAUGUCUCUGAAAAUGAGAAGGAGUUAUGUAUGUUGUCAACAAUUCUCUGAUAUGUUUAUGAGAAAUGUAUUUAAUAUUAUCUGUGAUUGUUUAUAUAUC